CCGGGGGCAGACGGACCAUUGAAACAAACGUGUGGGCACUGCGCAUAUAUUUGCCCCACACAGCAGCUAUCAGCGCGGGCACCAUCACGUCUCCAUCCGGCAAGGACGGGUCAGAAAGAGAGUACAUCCUGGUGCUCCAACGAGUAACAUCUUCUAAAAAUGCACCGUCAUGUUUGAAGAGGGGCCGGAGACAGAAGCGUCUCUCUGGAUGUUUGGAUGAAUACUGAAUCGAUUGGCUCACUAGACAGUUGUUAAAAGACUACAAAUCACUUCCCCAUUAACCCUACCGAUCAAAAGAAGAACUGCGUGGCCGGGCAGGAGGAGGCUGGAGAGAAAAAAAACUGACACGUGGAUUACUCCUCUAGGGGCAUCAGGAAAAACAGACUCCCUCCUCAAACUCAGACCAUCGCCUGUGUUCUCGUCAGACAAGUCGUACAGGUUAUGGAUUAGAGUAUCGAAACCUCCGUGAAAUAAAAGCAAAUAUAUAGGAUUGAUUUUUCUGAACCUUUACUUUUCUGUCUCAUCGACCGGAAAGAGUAAACAGCCGAAGCGGUUGAAAGAAAGGUGCUGUUUACUCGCUGUUGAAUGGCAGUUAUUCAAAAAUAUGGCAAGAACUAUAGCCACGAUUUGGUCUGUCAUAAGGAAAGCCAUUCGUCUGACAAGAUCGGAGCUCCUGGAUGUCACAAGAAGUACCCUGAACACAACACCACCUGGCCAAGGCCAGUGGCAAGGGUAUGGACGGUGGUGCUGCUGCUUGGGACAUGCCUCCUCUACUGUGCCCGUGUGGCGAUGCCCAUCUGUGCCGUCAGCAUGGCAGAGCAGUUCAACUGGAGCAAGAGGGAGUCCGGCAUGGUGCUGGGCAGCUUCUUCUGGGGCUACUGCUUCACCCAAGUGUUUGGAGGCUACGUCAGCGACCGGGUGGGGGGUGAGAAGGUCCUCCUGCUGUCUGCAGCAGCCUGGGGUUCGAUGACGGCCUUCACCCCCAUCCUGGCUCACUUCUGCUCCCAGCCAAUCCUCUCCAUGACACUGGCCCGCUUCCUCAUGGGCUUAUUGCAAGGAGUUCAUUACCCUUCUCUGGCAAGUCUGUGCUCUCAAAAGGUGGUGGAAAGUGAGAGAGGCUUCCUCAUGAGCACCGUGGGUAGUGGCUCCUACCUGGGCACUCUGGUGAUUGGAGGGGCAGGCUCCCUCAUGUUGGACCUGUAUGGCUGGCAGAGUGUUUUCUAUGCAUCUGGUCUUCUCUCAGUCCUGUGGGCCUACUGCAUGUGGAAAUAUCUGCUCAAAGGAGAAGGGCCUAUCAUCACCCUGGAGUCCCUGGGAAGUGGUGGGCCCCAGUCCAAACUGUCCAAAAGACAUUGGUUACGGCUCCUCAAACAACCAGCAGUCUGUGCUGUGAUCGUUACACACCUCUGCACAGCAAGCACUUUCUUCACUCUGUUGUCAUGGCUGCCAACAUUCUUCAAAGACACUUUCCCAAAUGCUAAGGGUUGGGUUUUCAAUGUCAUUCCCUGGUUGGUGGCCAUACCCUCAUCCCUCUUCAGUGGCUGGCUAUCUGACAACCUCAUCAGUAAAGGCUUCGAUACAGCCUCAGUGAGGAAGUUGAUGCAGUGUUUCUCAAUGGGUGUGUCCAGUGUGUUUACCCUCCUUCUGUGUGGCAACACCACCUUCCCCUGGGCUGUAGCAUUUGUGUCUGCCACCAUGGGCCUUACCACCUUCAGUCACAGCGGUGUAUCUGUAAAUGUUCAAGAUCUUGCUCCUUCCUGUGCUGGAGCUUUAUUUGGUGUAAUGAAUACAUGCGGUGCUUUCUUAGGGGUCCUACUGGUGUAUUUCUCGGGGUAUCUCAUCGAGGCCACAGGCUCGUGGGCAUCUGUGUUUGCCCUUAUCACCACCGUCAACCUGCUGGGCCUCUGCACCUUCCUGGCCUUUGCAGAGGCGCGCCGAGUCGACAUUGACUGUAGUAAGGUCCGCCACCGCGACAUCCACAUCUAAAUCACCUGCCAUCAGAGGGACAAGCAUUCUAUCCCUCAAGGGGGAUACGACCUGGAAAACCAGCAGCUAGGACAUUAUCCACAUUGGAGAACUAGCCUUUGGAUAGCAAGUAGCACAUGGACAAAGCCCGCAUAUAACGUCUGGAAAACUUUGAUUGGCUCUGUGUCUGGUUGAGGAAGUACUGCAACACUUACUGCACAGCACACAGCAGAGCCUGUACACUGUUACUGAAAAAUCUUUGGGCUAGAACCUCAAAUCCUAGAAAAUCAUCGCUGGGUUAGAGGAUGCUCCGUCAUUUCUUGGUGGAUUGACAAGAACAUACACUACCUCCAGAUCUCAGCUUGUGCAAGGUGUGGUUGUUAAACUGUUGCCGGGCUACUGUUUACGCUUGUUAUAUGUUACAGAAUGUGUUACUUAGAACAAGAGCACUCAUGGAAAUUGUUUUCCACAUGUAAUUAUAUGUGAAAGGGAUGGGUGUGGUAGGCUCAGGAGCUCUCUGACAGUUGUGACGGACCACGUGGUGUGUUCUUACCCUGCAGGGGUGAGGGAGGCGGUUUGGGCACACGUGUGUGACGCAGGGACGCAGUCCAGCCUCUCGCACCUGAAGUCUUUUAUUAGUACGCCCCACUCACCCAUCACUGUCUGAGUGACACCUUAUUACCCGGUCACUAAUUACUCGGCAGGCGCUGUAAUGUCCUGUACGAUCUACUUUCUAUAGUCGCCAUCUCCAUGGUUACAAGCUCAUCAUAUUGUUACAGUCGGAGGGGGGAAAAGGGAUCAUGGGAAACUGUAUGGCAACAAGGCUUUCACUGAGUGUGUUUGUUGUCUCAAAUGAUGUUUCGAGUAUGAAGACCAAAUGUUAUUCAUUAUUAUUUUCUUUAUAUGUGCUUGCAUGUAUUAGAAAUACCUCACUUAAUUAUUUUCGGUACUUAUAUAUUUAUAUGGCCUUAUGAUCUUUUUGGUUAAUUUUCAAAAGAUUUUUAUAUAUACGAUAUAUAUAUAUAUAUGUAUAUAUAUUAAUAAGUUAAAUGACAGGAACAAUAAAUAUAUUAGGUAAAUAUUAUAUGUAAGUAAGAUAUCAGCAGUGUGAUGCAGUAUGAAUAGACCUUUCUGCAAGUCUAGCUUUCUCACUUCUUCUUGUCUGACCUGCACUUGGGUCCAUUAUAUCAUUUUGGUGACACAAGGAAUGUUGCAGGGCAGGUGAGAGGAUUAGAAAUCUUAAGUUCAACACAGUUGAGGAGGUGGAGAACAUUAAGCGUAUGGAUAUUACAGAGAAUUAUGUAGCAACAUAAAGCUAGCUGCAUAGCUCUGGCUGAAAGUGAUUUGUAACUUUCAGCUUUGGCAUUCACAGCACAUUUAAUUUUCAGUCUUGUUUACUUGACACAUGUACCUUUUUUAAAUGUAUGCAUUUAUUAUUUUGUGCCUGAUUUAAGCAAUGGGAGAACUUUAAGAUAUGCUUACUGUCAUUUAUUGAUUAUUGUACAUUGGUAAAUGUUUGCCUUCUUUGUAGGAGCUCUGUUGCUUCUGUGUGACUUGUUAUUGUUAUUCCACACAAAGGCACAUACAUUUUCUUGGAUGUUUUCUAUAAAAACUUGGAAGUGUAUCCUUUGGCUAAAUAAUUUGUCGAAAUAGAUUUAAUUUCUGACAUGAUCAAUAUGUUUCUUACAUUGUCUAGGUCAGUGGAUACAAAAAAAGAAAGGAAUUGGAUUUAUUUUCAAAACUUUGCUCAUUGUCUUUCGGAGUAAAAAUACAUUUUCAGUGUCAAACAUAUUUAGAUUGUGUGUGUGUGUGUUUAGAAUUAUUUAUUUUGAUAUCUAAUCCCAAAUUGAUAUAUCUGCGCCAAAUGUCACUUUGAUUCUGUACCUAAACUAUCUUUUGUAGUGAUCAUACACUAAGUGUAUACGUGGAUCGUUCAGAUACAUAACUUAUUUACGCAAUGCCGUGGUUUAAGAGACUCCACCUUCAACAUUUUCUUUUGUCAAAAAAAGAUGCUCCACAUUCCUCAGAUGUUUUGCCUGCUUUCAUUGUUUGUUUUUCUGUUACUGUUACUCUUAUCAUGCAAAAUGUAAAGAUUUACAUGCGAAAUAUUUGGAGUUCUGUUCCACAACAUAUCUUUCUGUAGGUUCCUGAAAGCCUUCUGAUAAAUCUUUUUUUGAUUACAUGUAAGAUAUGUAUGAUAAAGAAGAAUACAUUCCUGCAAGAAAAUGCAGUAUUCUAAUGCUAUCAAGAUAUGUUGUAUUGAGAAGCAUUUAUUAAAUUUGAAUAAAAAAUAUAUUUUGUCAAAA